AUGAAGAGAAAAGUCCAUGACCAUUACUUUUCAAUUGCUAACGGUGAAUAUAUGCAGCGUGGGAAAGUUACACCCGAAGCUCCUGGAAGCACCAAGUGGUCUGCUCAAGAUGAUAUAACCCUUCAGGACCUUAGAAACUGCAAUAUCCCAUGGAAGUAUAUAUCUGCUGCGAUGAACAAUAAGCCCAUCGAAGAGCUCAAAGAGCGAUGGCUGAAUCUCCGAGAUGGCAUCACGCAAGAGAUCGUUGCAAAACCGAGGAGAGAGACCAAUCAGAUGCAUUUCGUCUGUGAACUGCCAGGGAAAGUUGGGCGGAAUGUGUCUUUCUCAGAUCCAUUGGCUACGAAUGACAAUGUAGGUUAG